AUGUUAGAUCGUUUACGUACGAUUGUUUCAUCAAAACCAACACCACAAAAAGCACUUCAAGAAGAAGAUACAACUAAUGGAGAAGAACAAAGAGAAGAAUGGGAUCGACCGAUUGAAUUUAUACUUUCAUUAAUUGGUCUUGGAAAUGUAUGGAGAUAUCCUUACAUAGCAUUCAGAAAUGGUGGUGGUGCUUUUCUUAUACCAUAUUUUUGUGUCUAUUUUCUUAUUGGAACACCACUUUUUUUUCUUGAAUUAUCUCUUGGACAGUUUACUAGUCGUGGUGCAACAGCUGCUUUCAAAAUGUCACGAAUGUUUAAAGGAGUUGGUUGGGCAAUGGCAAUUAAUUCCUUUUUUGUUACAAUUUAUUAUAAUAUAAUUAUUGCGUGGUGUUUAUUUUAUUUUUUUGCUUCAUUUCGAAAAAAACUUCAAUGGAGUGAUUGUGGAAAUUGGUGGAAUACAGAACGCUGUUUAAAUGCAGAUGCAUCGGAUAAUUCAACAGCUCGUUUUCUUUGUCUUGCAACUGAUCGAUCAAGUAAUUGUACAUUACCGAUACUUCCACCUGAAGAAUAUUUCGAUCAUUAUGUCUUACGACGAAGUAAUUCGUUGGAAGAUAUGGGUACUCCACAUUGGGCCCUUACAUUAUGUUUCUUAUUAGCAUGGAUACUUGUUGCUGCUUGUAUUAUUCAAGGAAUUAAAUCAUCUGGCAAGGUCGUUUAUUUUACGUCAUUAUUUCCUUAUAUUGUCAUUUUUGCAUUGAUUAUACGUGGUGUAACUUUACCAGGUGCAGCAAGAGGAAUAUCGUUUUAUCUAAAACCAAAUUGGAGUAAAAUUGGAGAAUUUCAGGUUUGGAUUGCCGCUGCAUCACAAGUAACUUUCUCUCUGUCAGUAGCAUUUGGUUCCAUACUUGGUUAUGCCAGUUUUAAUAAAUUCAAAUCAAAUUAUCUUAGAGAUUGUAUGAUUGUCACUGGAUGCGAUUGUUUUACUUCGGUAUUUGCGGGAUUUGCUAUUUUUUCAAUUCUUGGUUUUAUGUCAUAUAAAACUGGUUUACCUAUUGAUCAAGUAGCUAAAGCUGGACCAGGUUUAGCUUUUAUUGCUUAUCCACAAGCGUUAUCAAUUAUGCCAGGCGGACCUUUCUGGGCAGUAAUAUUCUUUUUUAUGUUACUUACACUUGGACUCGAUUCUCAGUUUGCACUUUCGGAUGUAACAAUAUCUGGAUUAUUGGAUACAUUUCCUGGUCUUCGACGUUAUAAAACAUAUGUUAUUAUUGGAUAUUGUAGUGUUUGCUUUCUAGUAGCACUUCCAAUAUGUGCACCCGGUGGAAUUUAUUUAUUUACAUUAAUGAAUGAAUAUUCAGCGAAUUUAUCAGUCAUUGUUUGUGCAUUCUUCGAAUUUAUUAUUAUUUCUUAUGUCUAUGGUUUUAAUAAUUUUAUGGAAGAUAUUCGAAUGAUGUUAGGUAGAAGACCAUUUGAACCUUAUUGGUUUUUUACAUGGUGUAUAUCAGGUCCAAUUAUUACACUUGUUGUCUUCUUUUCAUCACUUAUGCAAUUUAGACCACCAACUGAAGGAAAUUAUGCUUAUUUAACAUAUGCAAAUGUUAUCGGAUGGCUUAUGGUUGUUGCAUCGGUUAUAUUUAUUCCUGCUGUUAUGAUUUAUGAAUUUAUUAAAGCAUGGAAAGCAACAAGAAACUAUCAAAAUGAAAUUUCAAAUGAUAUGCCACAUUAUUUACGGAUGUUAACAUAUGCAAGUCAACCACAGGAUGAAUGGGGACCAGCAAGAAAAGAAGAUCGACAUGGUCGAUAUGAAGUCCUAACUCCAAAAACAACGGAACCUAUUGAACAUAGAAAUAAAUUAGAUGAUAAAUCACGUAUAUUUAAUGGAAAUUUUAACAAUGCUUUUGAUUCUCAAUCUGACAUAUGUUCACGAUUGUAA